AAAAAAAAAAAAAAAAUGUACAGUCAGAAGCUAUUGCUGAACAUGCUGGACAACCACUGCAUUCACUGCAACGAGCAGAUAGCCAACAAUGGCGAACAAGACCAGCCUUUGUCCUCUUACGACUUUGUCUACCUCCCCAUUGAUUUCAUCAACAAGUGCAAUGUCGGAUAUGGGUUUGUCAACAUGACUUCCCCACAGGCAACAUUGAGGCUCUACAAAGCCUUCCACCACCAGAACUGGGAAGUCUUCAACUCUAGAAAAAUAUGCCAAGUCACAUACGCACGAUUGCAGGGAAUAGAGGCACUGAGAGAACACUUCAAGAACUCCAAGUUCCCGGGCGAAGCAGAAGAAUACAUGCCAGUAGUGUUCUCACCACCUAGAGAUGGGCGGAUACUAUCCAAGCCUGUCCCAAUAACAAUUGCUAGCACCUCAUCAAGUUCCAAGGAAAAAGAUGAAUCUCAGCCACAAAUCUAACUGGAACCCAACAAGAUUGACAAUGGCAGCCACAGCUUUGAUGGAUGUGUCUUUUUGUUGUGCUUUCCGGGUCAUGCACAGGUUAAUCGAAGCUACUUGUGAUUCCAGUGCUCAUAUGUUACAUGUAGUAAUUGCAUACCUUAGAAUGUUACUACUAUAGCCUAUCAAUGGUUACAGCUCAACUUUUUUGCUCUUCUCUUUUUAGUACGUAUUUUUGUUUCUUUGCAUCUUCCCUUUUGUGUAUGGGACGGGAAAGAUAUGGUUGUUAAGUUGUGAAGACUGGUAAAUUUAUUUAUUUUGUGGUUAGG